AUGGGACAAUUUCCAAGAAGGAAAGAGAUGUGUGAAGUGCAGAUGCAGGAAUACUUUCAAGAAAACCUUUUACAGUCUAAAGAUUUAGGUCAAGUGAUAGUUCAGCAUUAUUCUCAGAAUGUAAACAGACUGGCUGUUCCAGAGGGAAUUUGGUGCAUGGUGGCUGAUGAAAUGGGCCUAGGAAAGACAAUCCAGGCAAUUGCCAUCGCUUACUUUUAUAAGGAGGAAUGGCCUCUUUUAAUAGUGGUCCCUUCAUCUCUGAGGUAUCCUUGGACAGAAGAAAUAGAAAAAUGGAUCCCAGAGCUAGAUCCAGAAGAAAUCAGUGUUAUUCAGAAUAAAACUGAUGUUGGGAGAAUAUCGACCAGCAAAGUGACAGUUCUGGGUUACGGUCUCUUAACGACAGAUGCAGAGACUUUGAUAGAUGCACUGAACACUCAGAACUUCAGCGUAGUGAUAGUGGAUGAAUCACACUACAUGAAGUCCAGAAACGCAACUCGCAGCAAGGUUUUAUUGCCGAUAGUACAGAAAGCCAAACGAGCCAUUCUUCUGACGGGAACUCCCGCUUUGGGAAGGCCUGAAGAGCUUUUUAUGCAGAUUGAAGCUCUCUUUCCACAAAAAUUUGGAACAUGGACUGAAUAUGCCAAAAGAUACUGUAACGCACAUGUCAGGUAUUUUGGUAAAAGGUCUCAGUGGGAUUGUAGAGGGGCGUCAAAUCUUAAUGAACUUCAUCAGUUAUUAAGUGACAUAAUGAUUAGAAGGCUAAAGACUGACGUUUUAACCCAGCUGCCCCCUAAAAUCAGACAGUGUAUUCCUUUUGACCUUCCAUCAGCAGCAGCCAAGGAAUUGAAUGCCAGCUUUGAAGAGUGGGAAAAAUUAAUGAGAGCUCCAAAUUCCGUUGCCACUGAGACUGCUAUGGGGUUGAUUACUCGCAUGUUUAAACAGACUGCUAUUGCCAAGGCAGGUGCUGUAAAGGAUUAUAUUAAGAUGAUGCUUCAGAACGAUUCGCUUAAAUUUCUGGUUUUCGCUCACCACUUACUCAUGCUCCAGGCUUGCACAGAAGCAGUCAUAGAAAACAAGACUCGAUAUGUUAGGAUAGAUGGAAGUGUCCCGUCUUCAGAAAGAAUACAUCUGGUUAAUCAGUUUCAAAAGGAUCCUGAGACCCGUGUGGCUAUCCUAAGCAUUCAGGCUGCUGGUCAGGGUUUGACAUUUACUGCUGCCACUCACGUUGUAUUUGCUGAGUUGUACUGGGACCCUGGGCAUAUAAAGCAAGCAGAAGACCGUGCUCACCGAAUCGGACAGUGCAGUUCUGUGAAUAUUCACUACCUCAUUGCAAAUGGGACCCUGGACACCCUCAUGUGGGGAAUGUUGAAUCGCAAGGUGCAGGUUACCGGGAGCACAUUGAAUGGUAGGAAGGAGCGACUUCAGGCUGAGGAAGGGGAGAAGGAAAAAUGGGAUUUCCUGCAGUUUGCUGAAGCUUGGACUCCCAAUGAGAGUUCGGAGGAGCUCAGGGAUGAAGUUUUGUUCACUCAU